GCCCUCCCGGUUACCAUGGUGAUGGGGUCCUCGCGGUCCCGGGCGCCGCCAUCUUGUGCCCCGCCCCCAGUGGGCGCCGCCAUCUUGUCCCUCCCUCGGCCUGGGCGCCGCCAUCUUGUGCCCUCCCCAGCGGGAGCGGCGCAGGAGGUGGCGGCGAUGGCGGGGCUCGUGUGGCGCCUGCUGCUCUGCCUGGGCUGUGCCCUGGCGGCCCCGGACCUGGUGCUGGAGGAGGCGAAGCGCACCGUGGACCUCAGCACGCACCUGGCCAAGGUGUCGGCCGAGCUGAACCUAGCUAACCAGCGCUCGGAGGGGGGGCGGGGCCGGGCCCCAUGCAGCACGGAGGAGUUGCUUCCUCUGUGGCUCAUUAUAAACCACCCCAGGGCGCUCAGCCUCCGGCCCAUGGGGCAGAUACAACUUGCAGAGCCGUGGCAUCCCCCACAGGUAAAAGGUGAGGAGGAAGAAGAGAACACUCUGGAAGUGCGGGAGACUAAAGUGAAAGGUAAAAGUGGAAAGUUCUUCACCGUGAAGUUGCCAUCUCCUCUGGCACCAGGGGCCAAGAUCCGGGUGUCUGUUGAAAUGGUGUUCACACACGUCCUGCAGCCCUACCCCACGCACAUCACACAGGCCGAGAAGCAGUUUGUGGUCUUUGAAGGGAAUCACUAUUUCUAUUCGCCGUACCCAACCAAGACCCAGACUAUGCGUGUGAAGCUGGCCUCUAGGAACAUAGAGAGUUAUACCAAGCUGGGUAAUCCCUCCCGGUCUGAGGAUAUGUUAGAGUAUGGGCCUUUCAAGGACAUCCCACCUUACAGCCAGGACACCCUGAAGGUCCACUAUGAAAAUAACAGCCCCUUCCUAACCAUCACCAGCAUGACACGGGUCAUAGAAGUGUCACAUUGGGGGAACAUUGCUGUAGAAGAAACGGUUGACUUGAAGCACACAGGAGCUGUGCUCAAGGGGCCUUUCUCCAGAUAUGACUACCAGCGACAGCCAGACAGUGGAAUCUCUUCUGUCAAAUCUUUUAAGACUAUUCUUCCUGCGGCGGCUCAGGAUGUGUAUUACCGAGACGAAAUUGGAAACAUCUCUACCAGCCACUUGCUCAUCCUGGAUGACUCUGUGGAGAUGGAGAUCCGCCCCCGGUUCCCACUUUUUGGGGGUUGGAAGACCCAUUAUAUCAUUGGCUACAACCUGCCCAGCUAUGAAUACCUCUACAACCUCGGUGAUCAAUAUGCCCUGAAGAUGAGGUUCGUUGACCAUGUGUUUGAUGAGCAAGUAACAGACUCUCUGACUGUGAAGAUCAUCCUGCCAGAAGGUGCUAAGAACAUCCAUGUGGACAGUCCCUAUGAGAUCAACCGAGCCGCUGAUGAGCUCCACUACACCUACCUGGACACGUUUGGCCGCCCUGUCAUUGUGGCACACAAGAACAACAUGGUGGAGCAGCACAUCCAGGAUGUUGUGGUGCAUUACACCUUCAACAAAAUCCUCAUGCUGCAGGAGCCCCUUUUGGUAGUAGGAGCCUUUUACAUCCUGUUCUUCACUGUGAUCAUCUAUGUGAGACUGGACUUCUCCAUCACCAAGGACCCAGCUGCUGAAGCCAGGAUGAAGGUUGCUUGCAUUACAGAACAAGUUCUCACACUGGUGAACAAAAGAUUGGGCCUCUACCGCCAUUUUGAUGAAGCAGUGAACAAGUACAAGCAGUCACGAGACAUCUCCACUCUGAACAGUGGCAAGAAAACUUUGGAGACUGAGCACAAGGUCCUAACCAGUGAAAUAGCCUCUCUGCAGUCCAAGCUAAAGACUGAAGGCUCUGACCUAUGUGAUAAAGUAAGCGAGAUCCAGAAGCUUGACAGUCAGGUCAAGGAGCUGGUCCUGAAGUCAUCUGUGGAGGCAGAGCGACUGGUGGCGGGCAAGCUCAAGAAGGACACGUACAUUGAGAAUGAGAAGCUGCAUUCCAACAAGCGCCAGGAGCUGGUCACCAAAAUUGACAACAUCCUUGAUGCACUAUAACUUCAGAACGCGAGCAGUUAGAGGAAGGGGGAGAAAAGUGAAGUAAGAUUAAAAGGCCUAGGAGAGGACACACUGAGCCAAACCUGUCCUGCUCUUCAGCCAGAAAAAUGGGGAAGGGGGAAAAUGCAAAGUGGAAAAUGUUGCCUGCAAAUAAUGUUUUUUUUUUUUUAAACCUUAGACCUUUUGUUUUUAGAACCUGUCUCCAUAGCUACUGCCAUGUCAGGGACCAUUGUAUGGCACCUCAUAAUUCAAUGCAACGGGGUUCCAUACAUGAAAGACAAAACUAGUUUAAAACAAGUCUCCAACUCUGUAUUUUGCUGUGAGCAGAAGCCCUGGCUGUCCUUACAUAAUGAGCCUGACCUUCUGUAUGCAGAAACAGGUCUAGAAAGAAUAAAGGCCAUUUUGUUUUCCAAAGGCUUUACAAAAA